AAACAUAAAAAGGUUGUUUUUGAGUGACUGAUAAGACUUUUAUUUUGUUUCUUCGUCCGCGAGGCGUCCGUCAUGACGCACUACGCCGCUACCUCGCGCGGUGUUUGUGUUUCGUAAGAGUGUAUUUGAGGCACAAAUGCCGAAAUAUUAUUGCUGACAGCUGCAGUGAUGUGAGCGAGCGGAGAUUCGACAUGUUAUCAAGGGCUCUAGUUUGUAUUUAAGCAGCGCUGAUGCUGAAUAACGCGAGAUGUGCAGGAAGAGACCGCGAGCUGUUUUGUUUCCGCUGAAGUUGAGGGAACUCAGACAUCAUCACUGUAUAAAGCUGAGGAAUGAGUCUGUCGUCAGCCAAACAUCUGAAAUAACAAGGAGACUAAAAGCUAAAUCAGAGCAGAUCUGAUCCUCAUUGAACACUCUUAAUCCUGGACUCAAACAAGCCAGAAUAAACACAAGAUCAGAACUCGGGAGGUCACAUAAUGAGAGGAAAACAGCCCUUCUCGUGUCCUGACUGUGGACGGAGUUUCCUGUACAGAUGCCACCUCAAAGAGCACAUGAUGAUCCACACCGGAGAGAAGCCGUUCUCCUGCAGCGUCUGCGGUAAAGCCUUCCGACAGAAGAGCAACCUGCAGAUCCACUCGGCGGUGCACAUGACGGUGAAGCCGUUCCAGUGCGGGCACUGCGGGAGGAGAUUCACGACCAACGGCAAUCUGAAGAGCCACUGGAACAUCCACACGGGCGCGCACACACACCACUGCACACACUGCGGGAAGAGCUUCUCCACCAAAAACAACCUCAAAUCCCACAUGCGCGUGCACACCGGAGAGCGGCCGUUCACAUGCGCACAGUGCGGACUGAGCUUCUCUCACCAAAGCAACUUCAAGCAGCACAAAACCUUCCAUCAGGAGGAGCAGGUGCAUCAGUGCCCUCAGUGCAGCAAGACCUUCAAGCAGGAGAUCCACCUGAACACACACCUGCGCUCGCACGGAGAGCGCAAGCUCAGCUGCGGACACUGCGCCAAGAGGUUUCUGCAGCGCUCGCAGCUGAAGAGACACCUGAUGAUGCAUGCCGAGGAGAGGCCGUACCUGUGCACCGUCUGCGGGAAGAGCUUCUCCUGGAAGUCCUACUUUCAGCAGCACCUGAAGAUCCACAGCGGGGUGAAGAGUCACGUGUGUCCUGACUGCGGGAAGGCGUUCAUGCGAGUCGGAGAGCUGAAGCAGCACCGCAGAGUUCACACCGGAGAGAAACCCUACAAGUGCUCACACUGCGGACAGGGGUUCGCUCAUUCGGGACCGCUGAGGAAACACGAGCGUUCACACACCGGGGAGACGCCGUAUCCCUGCGCCGCCUGCGGGAGCUGUUUUACCACCGACAAAAACCUGCAGCUGCACAGGAGGAAACAGAACUGUCCCGCCGUCCCGCCUCACACACUUACAUGAGCACUUCCUCCAGGAGGGGGACGUUUCUGACCACCGCUAAUCUGUUAUUACAUUUAACUCCAUUACUUAAAGUGUGCCCCUUACAUAAACUGUGGAGUGUGUGUGUGUGUGUGUUUGAGCUGAGAAUACACACAGAUAGUGUUCUCCAGCUCGCUGAAACUGACCCUUUCAGACUUUGAUCCUAAUUGUGGUGUUUGGUCACUGUCGCUUUAAAUGCAAAUGAGAUUGUGCUCUUGUCAGAAGAGGGCGGAGCUGAGUCAGGUGCACUUCAGUGUGUGCGUCAUGCUUCUGUCAGUCUAUGAAGACUCCCGUCGCGCUUCAUCUAUGGCAUCUAAUGGAAUGAACCGCCAACUUAUCAAGCACGUUUUUACACAGCGGAUGCCCUUCCAGCUGCAACCCAUCUCUGGGAAACAUCAAAACACAUUCAUCCACACUCAUACACCAUGGA